AUGGACAGAGUAGUUCCAAACACAGAUAGUCAGAACAAUCCAGAUAACAGGCCAAGUUCAGAAAAAGAAGGAGAUGAAUUUAAUGGCAGCUUUGCUUAUCUCCAAGAUGCUCAGGAUCCCAAUAAAGAUGAUGACUCAGAUCCAUUCCGACCUCUGGAAGAGGGUAAAGAGAUUCUUGGUCCCAAAGUACCACAUCUCAGUGCUAUUGGUGCACUUUUGUACCUUGCUAAUGCUACAAGGCCAGAUAUAGCAUUUUCUGUUAAUUUGCUUGCGAGAUAUAGUUCCUCCUCUACGCGAAGACACUGGAACAGAGUUAAGCAUAUAUUGAGGUACCUAAAAGGGACUAUUGAUAUGGGUCUAUUUUAUACUAACAAAGCUAGUCCAGAUCUUGUUGGUUAUGCCGAUGCAAGUUAUUUAUCUGACCCACAUAAAGCACGGUCCCAAAUAGGCUAUGUGUUUACAUAUGAAGGUACUGCAAUAUCAUGGCGAUCGACAAAGCAGUCCAUCGUUGCUACUUCUUCUAAUCAUGCUGAGAUAAUAACAAUCUAUGAAGCAAGUAGAGAAUGCAUAUGGCUGAGAUCAGUAGUACAUUCCAUCAAAGAGUGA